UUCCUGUCAUCAAUCCCUUCAGAUUCGGUAAGGGGGCUCAUUAGUGUAAUAUUGGAUGGAGGAUCAGGGUGCUUUUUUUUGUGUGUGCUGCAACAAGGAUUGGAAAUGUGACAAAUCUUGUCUUUUGAAAAUUUUUGGUUUAAAAGAUAAGCUUUUGACAAAAAAAGUAUUCGAGCAAUCUUCCAGGCACUAGACUUUUCAUUUUAAGCUGUGGCACACAAAUGCUUUGAUAGACACACAGCCUGGUGGAGGAAAUGGAACAAAAUUUCUUUCUUGCGAUUCUAGGUACUUAAAUCAUUCAUUAGGUUCAAAUGUUGUUUGUUUCCCUACAAGUCUAAAAAAGCAGUUUUUCUUUAAUCUAAAAGUUGUGAUUUUAUGAAGCCUCCCUGGAGAAAAUGCUUAAGGACCACUGCUUUGAAAAAUUUUAAGUAAUUACAGGGCUGUAGGAAAAAAGGUCAAAUGUGAAACAUUGCAAGUCAUAACUUAUACCAACCGGAAAUAUGUUUCAGAGAAGGAUUUUAUUUCCACUAAUUGUUGCUAGGUUUAGAUUAGAGAUGGUAAUUGAACCCUCAUUUAGAUGUUUGGGUUUUGUUUGGCUAAAAGCUUAAGUUUGGGUUUGUAUCGGUAACAACCAAAGCUUGGGUUUGGUUUGGCAACCACUGAAUUUUUUAUGUUCCGUAUUUAUUUCGGUUUGAAAUUAAUUUUGGUUUUAUUAGAAUUCUUUAAAAUUUAUUUAUAAACAUAAGCGGGGGGAGAGAUGGGUAGGGGAUGAUAAAAAAAGAUCAUUUUUGUUUACAAUAAAUGGUUUUACAAUUGGCUUUUCUAGUUUUGAUUAAAAUAUAGGCAAUUUACACAUAAGUAGUAAUGUUCCACAUUCGUUAAAAAAAAAUAAUUUGGUUCUACCAAAUUUGCGAUAGUUUGUUUCAGUUUGGUAGUAAGCAGAGUUUGGUGUGUUCAAUGCGAGUUUCGGUUCAAUCCCCAUCUGUAAGUUAGACUCAUAACUUAGUUUGAUGUGAUCAUGUACUGGGUUCCAGUUGCCCAUUUGUAAAAUAAUUUGUUCUAUGUGAAUUAAUGAUCUAAAGUGCCCUUUUUUCUUUCAGGAACUGUCGCUACGCGCCAAUGUCAAGUGGACACACUCUGGAGCCAGCCAUGAGAUCACAACUCUUUACAAGUUUGUGCCAAGUUUCAGUUAUUCUCUUUUAUGAACAUUCUGUAUAAACAAGAAAUACCCUUCUUAAGACACUUCAACAUUUUUAAAAAAAUUGGAAAGAAAUUGAUGUUUAAUUAAUUAAACUAAUUAUCAAUUUCUUUCCGAUUUUUUGAAAAUGUUUAAGUGUACUAAGAAGGGUAUUUUUGUUUUUUGGUGUUUUUUUUUGUUUUGUUUAUUGGGUAUAAUAUUAAACUUAACUGUUUAACAUAAAACUUAGGUUUUUUUCGUGUGAUUUAACUAACAAACGGUUUUGAAACCUACGCUAAAUUUUUUUACUGUCAUAAUAAUAAUUUAUCUUGCUGUAAUUAAAUUUUACUUAUAUUAUAUUUAUUUUUACUAGGUUAUUAAUUUUUUUUUUUGAUUUACAGGUUACCCAGGAUAAAAAUUCGGUGUCCUCCUUUUAUAGUCACUGUGAAGUGUGACGAGGAGGUCGUGCUUGGAAAAACGUAAGGAAAGAAUUAAAUAAGACUUUUAAAGCCUAAUAAUCCUGGCCACUUUAAUGAUUAAUUAAUUAGACUCCAACUAUUUGUGUCAAUAUAACAAUAUAUGUUUAGCUUUAAUAAUAAUUUUGACACAAGUAAACAUUUUGGCAAAUGCCUUCAUCAGUAUAACAACAAAACAUUUAAAAAAGUAUAAAUUAAAUUUACAUAAUAUAUAUAUAUAUAUGUAAACAUGUAUCCUACCUAAAAAAAAAAAAAAAAAAAAUAAUAUUAUCAAAAAAAAAAAAAAAAAAAAAAAAAUAAUAAUUUUGAAACAAAUAAAAAUUUUGGUAAAUACCUUCAUCAGUAUAAAAACAAAACAUUUAAAAAAGUAUAAAUUAAAUUUAAAUAAUAUAUAUAUAUAUAUGUAAACAUGUAUCCUACCUAAAAAAAAAAAAAAAGGAAUGAUUGGGCCCAAAACGAAACAAAAACAAAGAAAAGAAGCAAGGACAGGAAGUGAUUUGAAGUAAAAUGUAAAAAACCAGACAGGAAAAAGACAUGGCAGCUACGUAAAAUUGUGGAUUAGGUUUAUACCAAGUGGAGUCAGCGUACCAAAUCUUUUUAUUUUUUUUCCAUAUAAAUUCUAUCAUGUGUAUUACUAUUUUACAGUAUACCAGUAACUGCGAUGUCUAAAAUUCCAUCAUGGUUAGUGCUAUUGAAAUGUUUUGAGACCGGACAGAGAGCUGGUUUAUUUAUAUUGUAGAGGUGUUCUCUAAUGAUAUGUGUAAGAGUUGACUGUUAACAGGUAGAAAAAAAAAACCCAUUAAUUCUGACCCAUAUGGCAGAGUAGUUUGUAAGUUUUUAUAGCAGUGAGUGACUGUUGUCACAGCUUGAAAACAGUCCUUUCAUUUAUACUGUUAUCACAGAGGCAAGGAACUAAAUGGUUGCAGAUUAAUUUGGUUGGGAAAAAUGAAGUGUUGUUAAAUCGUGUAUGUACAAUUGUAAGACAUGCUCAUGUAUUCCUGCGGUAUUUCUCAGCUUCUUUGUGACCUACUCAAUAAGCAACCAGCUGUAUGACUUCAUGAGCAUGAGGCUCUACUACAAUCUCGAGAAUAUGUGUAGGAAUGUACUGGAACAUGGUAAGUAGAUAUCAUUUUUGUUUCUUCUGUUUAACAUAAAAAUUUGUUUUUUUUUGGUUUGACUUAAUUAACAAACGGUUUUGAAACCUAUGCUCAGGAGGGUUUUGAAACCUAUGCUCAGGAGGGUUUUGAAACCUAUGCUCAGGAGGGUUUUGAAACCUAUGCUCAGGAGGGUUUUGAAACCUAUGCUCAGGAGGGUUUUGAAACCUAUGCUCAGGAGGGUUUUGAAACCUAUGCUCAGGAGGGUUUUGAAACCUAUGCUCAGGAGGGUUUUGAAACCUAUGCUGAAUUUUUUGCUGUCAUCUGACUUCUGGGCUUGAUUUCCUUUUUGUACUGAGUGUUUAACUCCUUCCCAAGGAAAUGUGCCUGGACUGAUGAGUCUAUUACAGUCUGAUGACGGUGGUCAGCUGACUAAUGUUAUACUCUGGCGAUGUUGGUGGGCAGCUUACUGAUCAGUCUGACAUUGGUGGGCGGCUGGUGAUGACCUUAAGACGAAUUCUUUGCCCUGAAGCAGAUGCAAGACAUUAGGGCCCCAGGGUCGCAAGUCUGUUUUGAAUAUAUUGAGUUUCAUAGAGUCUUUUCCUGCACGCAGCAAACAAGAAUUUUAGAGAGUUAGUCAUAAGUCACAGAGGAGGAUGGUUAUUGUCAGAGAGUUAGUCAUAAGUCACAGUGGAGGUUGGUUUUUGUCGGAGAGUUAGUCAUAAGUCACAGAGGAGGAUGGUUUUUGUUAGAGAGUUAGUCAUAAGUCACAGUGGAGGAUGGAACUUCUCCCCUUAGCAUAAGAGGUCGUCUGUUUCCCCAUGGGGCCAUGUGAUGCUGGAUUGAUCAUAAUCUGGUAGUUUUACAACAUGGCUGGCUAGAUUUGAUUAAAAUGUUGAAUUUGUGUAUGUAUCAUGACAAUUUUUGUUACGACUGCUUUCAUGAGUGAGUCAAAUGUUACUGAGGUUGUUUAAAAGAUUUUCAUCUUCCCUGUAAAUAAUUACACACACUCUAAUCUCCAUUUUAUUAUUUUUUUUUUAAAAAUAGUCCAACCUCCUUUCAAAUAAGACCUUAUUGAAAGUUUUUAAAAAAAUGUUUUGUUUAAAUUUCUUUCAUCGGCUUUAAAAUAAAAACAAAACUUGUCAAAUUUUGCAAGUAGUUCUGAUUUUUUAAAUCUGUUUAAUGUGCUUGUUUAAAUAUUUCCUCUCUCGCCUCCUUACAGGUGGGUCAAAGGAGGAGAUGAACAGAGUCAUGCAGCUGAAAGAUGCCAUUGUGUGUCAUGACCCAGACAUAGCUGUCAGGUAAGUUAUCAGCUCUGGGGAAACUGGACAUCAUAGCCGCUGUUUAGUUAAGUUUAUGUCAUGAGAUUUACUUGGAAUUCAUUCUACCUUGUUUUCGAAAAUUUAACAGAUCCUUGGGAGUAAAAAAAGGCCACAGGGUGUUCCAUUUUUAUAUGAUGGUUUUAAAAAAUUGUCUGUUUCACCUCAGCUGAAUGAAUCAGUUAUCUAUAUAUUGCUCUGUAGCGCAUGUCCUCGUGGAUCUUGUGUGCCUAUCAGAGUUGGUUUCCAGAUUCACGAGCCAGGACUCUAUGAGGUAAUUGGAUCUUUUUAGAUAUUUCUUACUUCUGGUUUGUCCUGUUUCCUCUUUUAACCUUUCCCCACCCCCCCUGGCCCCAAGUCCACAUGUUUUAUAUUAAUAGCACUGAGUGAAAAAAAAGGCUGUACGCGUGAUGACGUCUGAACACGGAUAAUUUGGUUGAUUUUUUUAUCUUUAGGGUUUGUCAAGUAUGGUAGUUCACUAAUAAUUGUUGCCCACUGGAUAGUAUGUUUAAAUGCGUGCAGUGUGUUUUUGAGAGAUUAAAUAAUUUGUGAAUGCUCCAUGUUACUGAAACAUUUGUCAUAAAUUCCCUGUCAUUAUGGUAUGCAUGUGGCUGACUUAAUUACAAAUAGCUGUGGGCUGCAUAAUAGUUAUGAAUCACAUUCUCCUGACUGUUUCAUAACAAUCAGUUUCAGUCUUUUGUGACAAUGUUUACUUCAUUUACCCCUGGAAAUAGAAAAAAAGAUAUCAAAACAUGUUCAUGUGCAAACCCAGUGCAUUAAUAUUUUAUAACAAAUUUAAUCUUAGUUCUAUUCUGAUAAAAUAUUAGAAGAAAAAAUCCUACUUGAGGCUGAAAGUCUUUCAACUGGAAAAUGACAUUUUAAAAAAUAAAUUUUUGCCCUCUACAAUUAAUUUUGUUUAUUUUACUUUUCCAGCUCAGUGAACUCAUGAAAGUUAAUCUUCGCUACUCUUUACCCGAUCCUCUCCUCUCACCUGUACCUGAUGACAGAGAGAGUGGCACCACCUCCAGCGACACGUCCCUCUCGUUUCAAUCCAGCGACGACCACCUCUUGGCGUCAGAGGAGCUGUGGAGGGG